AUGGCAUCCAAGGAGAUCCAAAAGGUCUGGGCUGACGGGUGCUUUGAUAUGUUCCACUACGGCCAUGCAAAUGCGCUAAGGCAGUCCAAAGCAUUGGGGGAUUAUCUGAUAGCCGGAGUUCAUUCAUCUCUCAGCAUAAACCGAGAAAAGGGAUUACCUGUGAUGGAGGAUGACGAGAGGUAUGAGGUCGUCCAGAGAUGCAGAUACGUAGAUGAGAUUGUCAAGGAUGCACCAUUUGUCACAGAGAUGAGCAUGGUUAGGGAAUACGGGGCAAGUAUAGUAGCACAUGGAAACGACAUAAUACUCGAUUCGAAGGGACAGGACUCGUACUUCCAAGUGAGAAGGACAGGUAUAUUCAGAGAGGUGGAGAGGACGGUUGGAAUCUCGACGACUGAGACUGUCGGGCGGAUGAUGCUGAAGAAUAGGGGAACCUGCUUGGAUGGAGAACACAAAGAAAGCAACAAAAACUCUAGAUACCAUGAUCAGUUGCUUGAGCUAUUUGUGAGCUCGAUGAAAAGGGAAAGGAAAGGAAAAGUGGUGUUUAUAGAUGGGAAUUUUGAUUUGUUCCAUGCCGGACAUGUUGUAUCCUUGAAAAUAGCAAGAGAAAUGGGAGACUAUCUUGUUGUUGGGAUACAUGACGACGAGACCACAAGGGAAUACACUAGAAACUAUCCCGUGAUGACGACCAAGGAGAGAAUGCUUACAUUGGUGUCAUGUAAAUAUGUUGACGAGGUAAUUAUUUCGCCCUAUCUGAUUGGAAAGGAGUUUAUUGAGAAGCAUGGAAUCGACAUUGUAGGGACCUCUUUCGACACAAAGGAUCUAUCGAGAUACGAUAGCAUUAAAGAGGUUGUGGAGCACAGCUAUGCCGAAAAUAGGUUCAGCUAUCUCUCUGCGGAGCACAUAGUUAACAGGAUAAUCUCGAACUACCAGGAUUAUGCAAACAGACAGAAGAAAAGGAUGAAGAAUUAA